AUGCCUCCCAAGCCUCCCGGCGACGCUUCCGCUCGACGCAAAUCGAAAAGUAGCAUGAUCGCAACGCUGAAGCUGUCGCCCAAGCUUCUCUCCACAUUUGCCCCAGCUGCCCCGGUCAAGGAAGAAGAGAAGGUGGAUAAAGAGACGUUGCCUCCAAAGGAAUCGGUGUCGACCGUAUCGGAUCCCCCUCCUGUUGCGACGGGCUCAGACGAGAAGGCCCCUGACUCUGCUACGCCGGCUGCUGCUACCCCUGUGCCCUCAUCCUCAGCGAUGCCUCCACCAACAGAGGUGCUCAAGAAGAAGGGGGUGAAGAGAGCUGGUCCUGCAUUGGGCCCUGAUGGACUUCCUAAGCCUCGAGGCAAGCCAGGCCCCAAGAAGAAGGCAAGAUUGGAGGAUGGCUCGAUCGAUCACUCGGGUACCGCCCCUCGAGCACCAAAUGGAACUGCAGCCCACAAACUCGGGCCAAAGGCAAACCAAGGAGCCAUCAAUGCUGGUCUUCGUGCUCUGGACCGCUCAGGCAAGCCGUGUCGCAAGUGGCAAAAGGGCGCAUUCAAGCUGAAGAGCUUCACGGGUGUCGUCUGGGAGAUCCCUCGAUGGACAGCUCCACCGAAGGUCACGGUCCCGCUUACAACGGAGAGCUCGAUCUCUGGAGACAGCAGCAAGGAAAACAAGGAGAAUAGCCAACAGGAGAGUGGAAACAGCGAGAAGAGCAAUGAUGUCGACAUGAAGGGUAGCAUGAGCAACCUCGUCUCAUCGCCCGCUCCCUCACUUCCAGCACUACCCCCAGCUCCGGUUCGAACAACACCCGCCGUCGAGGCUUAA